AGUUUGCGGCCGGCACUAGUACAACCGAGCUCUUAAAUGCUACGUCAAUUGGAAGCAGCGCCCUGCUAACGACUGCCACCAUCAUCCUCCACUGUCACUAAGAUGUCCACUAACGACGCACUGUUGGAACAAAUCCUUGCCCGACUCAACUCACUGCAGGUGUCUCAGCAGGCACUCCAGGCAAAGUUGGACUCACUAACCACACCUACGUCGCCUGUAUCACCUUCCCGUAUCGAGCCUUCAACUCCAGGUCGACAACCGGGCUCGCCAACACCUCAGAGUCUUCUCUUAUCACCAUCUACGUCUCUAGCUCAGAUUGUAUCUUCUCCACCCGUCGGGACUUCUGCAGAACAGAUAAUUUCUGACAAAGACCGCGAGAGGGCACUAUAUCCUGGUCGUGUGCUCCUGACGACCUACCCGGACCAGCACGGCAUCAAGCCGUAUCCUCUUCAAUGGGGAACCUCCGACCCUUCAAACCGGGGCCCCGUCAUUUGCUCCCGGUUACCCACCUCCAUCAAGCAACGUAAUGCGAUUGGAGCGCAUUCUGGCUCUUACUCGAUUUACCGCGCGCUUUCUAUUGCAAUGGGCACGUUAUCUCCAUCUCACAAGCCCGACUAUUCUAAGACCGAACCGCCGGUGCCAAUUCCUCCUCAACCUGCAUGGUCCGACCCUCACAAAAUUGUAUCAUUUGACCCAUGGGGUCACCUUGUUCCCCAAGUGUUCAAGCGUGAAAUAGAGGAACUCGGUCUAGAUGUGCGCCCCAGUAUUGCUGUUACCAAGGCACAUAUCAAACUGAGCGAGAUGGACGAGUCCGCGAGGCGGGGUGAUAUCGUAGUCGAUGGACACAUUGUUCUCCGUACAAGACCUCUGAAGAAUCCAGAUGGUACUGACAGCGACAUGGACCCCGGUGUAGAGGUCACGACAAGUAAGGCGGCUGUCGAGCCAGUUUGGUACCUUCCUGGUGUUGCAGAGCGCUUUGGCAUUUCUGAGAGUCUCCUCCGCCGUGCUCUUUUUGAGGACACUGGAGGAAUGUACCCCGAGCUCAUCACUCGCCCUGACAUCAAAGUUUUCCUUCCUCCCAUCGGCAACCUCACCGUGUACAUCUUUGGAAACCCUGAAUACCUGAUGGAUGAGAGCAAAGAACUUACACUGCGUGUUCACGACGAAUGCAAUGGGUCGGAUGUAUUCGGCUCGGAUAUAUGCACGUGUAAGCCUUACCUUGUCUUCGCUAUCGAGGAAUGCGUUCGCUGUGCGCAACGCGGGGGUGUCGGUGUAGUGGUAUAUUUCCGCAAGGAAGGAAGAGCUCUGGGUGAAGUUACCAAAUACCUCGUGUAUAAUCUCCGCAAGCGCGGUGGUGACACCGCCGACAAAUACUUCAGGGCUACGGAACUCAUCGCCGGCGUGAAGGAUAUGCGGUUCCAAGCACUUAUGCCCGACGUUCUUCACUGGCUCGGUAUCAAGAAGAUCGACAAUAUGGUGUCUAUGAGUGACAUGAAAUACAAUGCGAUCGUUCAGUCUGGAAUACCCAUCCUCAAACGAUACGAUUUACCUGAGCACCUUAUUCCCCCAGACUCACGGGUCGAGAUUGAUGCGAAAAUCGCAGCUGGCUAUUUCACCAGCGGAAAGAAGAUUACUGAGGCAGAUUUGAUCAAAACUGUAGGAAGGACUUGGGAAGAAGCAGAGCACUAGGCCGGAUGCCUUGCAGUCCAGAUCGUGAACCAUGUCAUUUGUUUGGCGUUUUCUUUUUGUUCUAUUCCCUACAUGCAUAGCAGAGUAGCAAGAAUGACAAAGCUUC